AAUUGUGAAGAUGCUUCUGCUUCUUUCUCUCGUCACUGGGCUUGCCCUGUCUGCCCCUGGUGUCAUGACAGACAAAGAAACUGGUCCAAACCAAGAGUCAUUUCAUGACAUGGAGAAAAAAGUGAACGACCUCUGGCAGAAUUUGCUCUAUCCAGUAAUGCCUGGUAAUAAGACUGAUGGGAUGAUUUACGCCACUUGUGAAAUGAAGCCCAGCUCCAAAAUAGAUGCUGACAAGCCACAAGUGACUGGACAAGUCUUAUUCAGACAGAAUCACUCAUACGGAAGAUUAGAAGCUGUUUUUCACUUGGAUGGGUUUCCGUUGGAUGAUAAUCAGUCUGGUAGAGCCAUACACAUCCACGAGCUUGGGGAUCUCGGCAAUGGCUGUGAUUCUACAGGAGGACACUAUAACCCUUUUAGCGUGAAUCACCCCCGCCACCCAGGGGAUUUUGGCAACUUUUUUCCUAAAGAAGGCAAAAUCAGAAAAUACAAAACAAAUCUCUCUGCUACUAUGUUUGGUCCAUAUUCCAUCAUGGGCAGAUCUGUUGUGAUCCACGAGCAGGAAGAUGACAUGGGCAAGGGCAACAAUAAGGCCAGUCUGGAGAACGGGAAUGCUGGGAAACGUCUGGCUUGCUGCGUGAUUGGGAUAUGCAACAAGAUCUUGUGGGAAGGGAAACUGUCUGAGAUUACAGAGAAGAAGAAAAGAGCACUCAACAAACGAACAUAG